AUGCACCGUCACUUGCUAGAGUUCCUCCUUCAGAUGACCUCCCGCUGUCCGAGCAUGCAGCUGCCCAGGAAAACACCUCCCGUCAAGACAGAGAAUGGCAGUACAGCCACUGAGAGUUCUUCAAAUUGGAGGGAUGUCGAAAAAGCAACCCAGGAAGAGCACUCUAUCAAAAUUAUCUCCCACGUCCUCACCAGCCACUCAGGAGUGAUCUUCCUGCACUGUAUACCAUCCACGAUACCCCACCUUGAUGACCCCCCCUCAAUCAGCGAGGGCUGGGGUGGUCGCAUCACUGACUAUCGGAUAUCGGACUUCAGUGAGCUGGUCAAGGAGAACUCACUGGCCCCUACUCCAGCUAGUGGACAGGACAAAGAUACCCAAGGUCUACCCGGAGCAGAUUGCUCUGAGCAAGUUGGAACACGCCACUCGUCACUGGCCAUGGUCUACGCAGACACACUCAUCUAUGGAGCUGGACUGUCUACCGGCUCUAAUCAAACAAGAGACCAUGUCAGACCCACAGCUGGAGCAAUGCAGACAGUGAGCUAUAGUCAAGGGGAACUCACUGACCCCCACUCCAGUGGACAGGACAAAGAUACCCAAGGUUUACCCGGAGCAGAUCGCUCUGAGCAAGUUGGAACACGCCACUCGUCACUGGCCCAUGGUCUACGCAGACACACUCAUCUACACACUCACACAGGAGCUGGACUGUCUACCGGCUCUAAUCAAACAAGAGACCAUGUCAGACCCACAGCUGGAGCAAUGCAGACAGUACAGGUGAUCACUCAAUUAUAUGAGAAAGAGAAAGCCAACGAGCCGCUGUCAAUACCGACUGGUGGCAGGAACAAAGGGGUUAAGAGAGAUGAACAGUAUCGCAGUCUGUGGUCAGAGCUAGAGGACUUGGCACACAUGUACAGCUCCAACUCUGAGAGGCAUCGUCACUUGCUAGAGUUCCUCCUUCAGAUGACCUCCCGUUGUCCAAGCAUGCAGCUGCCCAGGAAAACACCUCCCGUCAAGACAGAGAAUGGCAGUACAGCCACUGAGAGUUCUUCAAACUGGAGGGAUGUAGAAAAGCACUCCAACGAUAGAGGUGGAAGGUCAGUCAAUGGCUCAGACUAUAAGUGGAACAUGAGGACACAGGAAGGUCACAGACCACACCCACUGGUGGACGGAGGACUGCCCACACUCGCUAAACCUGGAGACUCAUUAUUGUCGAUGUGGACAAACAGGAAAUGUGUCGCGGCUGAUGGCUGUCAUCAAGAGUUUGCCGGCCGUAGCUAUGGUGAAUCAAAGAUUGAGCUUUACAAGAACUUGAGAACUAGCAAUGUUGCACCAUUACUAGAUCAUGAAUGAACGAACACUCUACAUCUGUGUGUGUGUGCAUUUGCUGUUGUUGUUGUGGAGAUAAAUUUAUUGACAAUGAACCAAAA